AUACUUUUUAUAUUACACAUAUUAUUGAGUUUUAUUUUAAUAAUCUAAGUAACGAUUUUAAUUAUUCAAGUUUGCUAGCAUUGAUUUUAUGUGUGAUAAUCGUGAUUUUAUGUGUGAAUUGGAUAUGUUGACGCUUGCCGCGAUUUUGGAGAAUCUUCCUCAUUUUUCCUCACGAAUCAGCUGUUUGGUAAAAUAUAACGACGAGUAUUACGCGUUUCUGGAUGAAGAAACUACAAGGCUCAUAUAAAAUUUUUGCUCAUAAUUUUAUCCUCGUGUAUCUUUCAGAUACUUGAUCGCGAUCAGGACUCGUUACAAAAUUUCAAGAGAAACGAGCUGACAAUACGCGAAAUAUAAUAGAAAUGUCGAAAAGACAUCUUGAGAAAAAAACAUCUGAAGGAUGUACAGAACAUGGAUGGUUUUAUUAAUCCUAAAAAUAUCAGGGUUUAAUAGAUCCGGACAUAUUAAGAUUAAAUAUCAUCAGUCCUUCAGACGCUUUAUCGACGUUUUCUAACGUGUUAUUCUGGGAAAAAAGGGAAAACGAGGGUAAUGAGAUUUGUCAUGAAUGUGACUGUAAUCCAAGUAAGAAAGAAGAACCGUUCAGGUCACCCUACGCGCUACAUAUCCGUUUAAAUGGCGCAUUUAUGCAGGCAUUUUUCAUUUAAACUUGUCGGACUCGUAACCAACUCGCCAACCGAUCCUGCGACCCUUCUCACGCCGCCGACCCGCGAUUAUUUAUGGUCCUUCGCAGACUUUCGAUAUAUACAUAUAUAUAUAUAUAUAUAUUAUAUAUAUAAAAUAUAAGAAUAAUUAUUAAGAUUGUGUAUAUUCUUACUUAGAUGCAAUGUGCUGGCGUGCGUGCGCGCGGUCGCUGGGUGAUUUCAAGUAAAAAGAAAAAAAAACACGACAGCCGUAUAUACAUACAUUAUCAUACAUACACAUACACACACACACGGACACGUACGGGGGGUUGCGGGGGACGGUUUGCUAAUUUUUGCGGGGGGCUUCACUUACAAACAGGCGACACCCACACGUUCUGCGUGUUUCCACAGUAAGGAGACCUCUGCCGCCUCCGAAAUCUUUUGUGUAUUAUUUCUAACAGAAUGUAAUAAAGUAAAGUUUAAAAAAACAGACGGGAUUGUUUCUGUUAUAUUUCUCUCUUCUUUUAUCCUGAAAACAUCUUUUAUAAGAAUAUGAAAAAUAUAUAUUUACACGUAAUAUUGUUUAUCAAAGAUAAUCUUGAUUGUUGAUAAUUUUUUUGAAGACUAAUGCACUCCUUAAAAUACUAUUAAACAAAAGAUCUAUUAUCAAUUUAUUCAUUGUAAAGAAAAUAGGUGACUUAUUCAGAAGCAAGAACGAUAGAAAUGAUUUAUACUAUUACAAACAGUUUUAUCUUCUCGCAUGACCAGAGGCAAUUGCCACUGUCUUAUCUCCGCGAACUUGUCCGAGAACAGUCAGUCGUUUGUCGACGAUCGAGACGAGUUUAUAAAGACAAGAAGUUAGUUGAAGGGUAAGUCUUUUUCAGUAAGACUUUUUUAAAAACUCUUACAUGAUUUUUCUACAUAACUACAAAUAUAAUUAAUAAUACAAUUAUAAAAUUUAAUUAAUUUAAUUAAAAAUAUAGAUACAACAGACUUGCAAUUUGUAUUUGUUAAUACUUUCGAUACGCAACAAUCGACAUUACCAGUAUUAUCGUGGAAGAAAAAUGUAUUAUCGAAUAAACGUUAAUAAAUACGAAUGAAGCUAUAAUCAUGAACAUUGACCAGCAACAUGAUAACGUAUUAUGUAAUAAUAGUAUUUUACAAAAUUGGUCGUAUCUCGAUUAUACUGCGUUGUACAUAUGCAAAUAUUUAAUAUUAUAAGCUGUCAAUUUAACAAAUGAUAAACAUGAUACUUAUUGAAAUAUUUCUAAAAUUAUCAUAGCGAUAUAAAUGAUAACAAUGAGAACAAAUACAUUUAAAUUUAUCAUUAAUUUCGUAAUGUUUUAUCUCGGAAAUAAAUGGCAUUAACGAUACUUUUGCAACGUUACAGAUUGCAGUCAACUGAUACUUAGCACGUUUCUAAUACAAUAAAAUGACAGAAUACGUGUGUAUCCAGGAUUACGAGAAAUAUGCUUUGGAACAUUUACCUCCUUCUGUGAGAGAUUAUUACAAGAGUGGCGCAGGAGAUGAAUAUUCUGUAAAAUGGAACAGAGAAGCUUUCAAAAACUAUAGGAUACGUCCUCGAUUUUUACGGGAUGUGUCCAAAAGGGACAUAAGCACGACGGUAUUGGGCCAAAAAGUUUCGAUGCCUGUGGGAGUUGCACCCACUGCUAUGCAACGUAUGGCGCAUCCUGAUGGAGAGUGUGCUAAUGCAAGGGCCGCUCAAGCAGCAGGGACAAUCUUCAUUCUUUCAACGAUAUCGACGAGCAGUAUAGAAGAAGUGGCGAAAGCCGCACCUGAUUGCAUAAAGUGGUUCCAGCUCUACGUUUAUACCGAUAGGAACCUUACUGUGAAUUUGAUAAGGCGGGCCGAACGCGCUGGUUUUAAAGCACUGGUUCUCACUAUCGACGCGCCGUUGUUCGGUGAUAGGCGUGCUGAUCUGAGAAAUAAAUUCGCAUUACCAGGCCAUUUGAGAUUUGCAAAUUUCGAAGGUGAUUUAUCGCAGAGAAUAAAUGUUGCCAAGAGCGGCUCUGGACUUAACGAGUAUGUGACCGCACUGUUCGAUGCAUCACUCUCCUGGGACGACGUAAAAUGGCUCAAGAGAAUUACGACACUACCAAUAAUACUUAAGGGGAUUCUGACGGCAGAAGACGCAUGUUUAGCCGUGGAAAGUGGGAUCGAUGGCAUUGUAGUUUCAAAUCACGGUGCACGUCAAAUAGACAGCGUUCCAGCGACGAUCGAAGCUUUGCCAGAAAUAAGCAAAGCGGUGGGAGAUAAAGUCGAAGUCUACAUGGACGGCGGGAUAACACAAGGCAUCGAUGUGAUUAAAGCCUUGGCACUCGGCGCAAAAAUGGUAUUUAUUGGCAGACCAAUGCUAUGGGGUUUGGCACAUGAUGGCGAAAAAGGAGCCAGCAAAAUUCUUGAACUUAUAAAAAAAGAAAUUGAUGUAGCAUUCGCAUUAACUGGUUGCGCCUCCGUAAAGGAUAUUACACGAGAUAUGGUAAUUCAUGCAUCACACUACAGUCGUUUGUAAGAAUGUUUUUAAUUAAGAAUUAAAUAUCUUAAAUUAACGCAAUUUUUCUAAUCUUUAUAAAUUUAGAGACAUUUUCUUCGCACGCAUCAUCUCAUGUAGAAAGUAUAUUUGUAUACUACAUUAUAAAUUAUAAAUACAUUUUUACAUAAAGUCUA